AUGAAUGUAGGAUUCUGUAUUGAUUCUGAUGUUCUGGUUGGAUACGAUACAGAACAUAUUCUAGCUCCUCAGAUUCAUUGGCAGAUAGCAGGCUCCUUGAACACCUUUCAGAUUGAGAUUAUAGAAAUGAGUGGAGAGGAGCGUUCUGGUUCUCCAGGUGCUUUGGCAGAUCAUGUACCCCUUCUUAAACUACAUGUUCAGGGUAUAGAUGGUGAGGUAGAACUGACCCAAGGACGGAUAUUGAAAGCCCAGCUCCGGGUCGAAUCUUUAAACCUAGAAGAUAGAGAUCUAGAGGCACCAAACCCAAGUAUUUUGAUCACCCGGGAUGAAUCAAAUUUCUUCCAACUUGAGUACAUCUCAAACCAAAGCCCUGAUAUCUGUUGUACUCCAAACCUAAACUUGAACCUGAACCAGACCCCGGAGAAUCCUGCUGAAUCCAGGUUGAAUUCAAGAUUGAAGAUAACAGUCCGGCUGGAUACCCUACACAUCUAUCCUUAUACCCUAGUCAAACUUUAUCAUCUUGCUUCACAAACCCUGGAGCAAGGAGGACAAUUAGAUUCAGAUAGCGUCAACUCAUCUAUUCAGACAGAGGAUAGUUUAUCUGGAAAUAUAUCUGGUACAUCUACUAGUGGUAGUAAAUAAAUAAAUAAAUAAAUAUUUUAUUAGGCACAUAAUUAUACAUUUACAAGGGUUAAAAACACAUUGAUGAAUUCUAUGAUUAUUACAGUGCCGGGAAACCCGGAGAGCUCAAUAUCUGGCUGUCUGGUCCAGGUCCCUGAAAACUUUAGAUUUAUGCGGCGUAUGAUACG